GUAGUUUCAAGGGAUAUGUAUGUGAUUUUUCAGCGAUUUAACGAGUUCCCACAGGAAUGAUUUGUGUUUCUCAAGAUAUGCGGUUUAAAAAUAUCUUCAAAUUAAUUUUUCCUUUAAUUUGAACAAAAAAUACACUCAAACAAUUCAGCAAUCUGAAUCGUCUAGGGUGCAAAAAAGUCAGUGAGCAGCAACAUCAGUACAAAUACAAACUUUAAAUUUACUGUGGGCCUAUAUUUGAAGGCCCAACCCAAAAUCUAAAUAAACCAAUUUUUGAAUAUCCUUUUUUUGAACAAUUAGUUAAAAUGUCUUCAGGACGCCCAAUAAAAUGUGUUGUAGUAGGAGAUGGUACAGUUGGUAAAACUUGUAUGCUUAUUUCAUAUACAACAGAUAGUUUUCCUGGAGAAUAUGUUCCUACUGUUUUUGAUAAUUAUUCUGCACCAAUGGUAGUAGAUGGUAUCUCAGUUAGUUUGGGACUAUGGGAUACAGCAGGCCAAGAAGACUACGAUAGAUUGAGACCAUUAUCAUAUCCACAGACUGAUGUAUUUUUAAUUUGCUUUAGUGUAGCCUCUCCUUCAUCUUUUGAGAAUGUCACAUCAAAAUGGUAUCCGGAAAUUAAACAUCAUUGUCCUGAUGCUCCUAUGAUACUUGUUGGUACUAAAAUUGAUUUAAGAGACGACAGAGAGACACUCAAUAAUUUAGCUGAUCAAGGACUGAGUCCCAUAAAAAGGGAACAAGGACAAAAGCUUUCGAAUAAAAUUCGAGCUGUAAAAUAUAUGGAGUGUUCAGCUUUAACACAGCGUGGCUUGAAGCAGGUAUUUGAUGAGGCAGUUCGUGCAGUCUUGAGGCCUGAGCCUCAGAAAAGACGCCAACGUAAAUGCAUUAUAAUGUAAUUUUAGCAUUUUGUAUUAGUAUUUAUUUAUUGUUUUAAUGCAAAAUUUAGGAAUCUAUUAUUUUUUUUAAUGCUUUCGCUUCAUUUUAUUGAUGUACUGUCUAAAUAACAUGAGUAGACGCCUCUACUAUCCAGGCUAGUUCACUAAUUCAAAAUCAAAUAAAGGCAGUGAUUUUCAGUUGAUACAAUGUAAGCUUUCUAUAGAGUAUCAGUUUAUUUUCUUGAGAAAUAUAAUUAUUAAUGCCUGCCACUAGCUCAGGGACUUGGGCUUGAGGCCACUGGUUGUUCAGCUAGUACGUUUCAUUGAAGGCUUUUGCUUGCAUUUUGAAUAGGAAAAAGUUAUACAAAACAUAAAAUUAACCCUCAAUAAACUAUUAUUUUUCAAACAAACUGAAUGAAAUUAAGGGUAUGAGAUUUUAAUAUAUUUUAUUAAAAAUUUUAACAGAAAAAGAAUAAUCCGUCCUAAAACCAGACCCUAAUAUGUUUUGUAAAACUUCAUAGUGAAAAGGUGGCUAUUAAUAGAAGAGUCCUUGUCAUCACAUCUCAUGUUUCCUAUAUUGAAAUAGUCUGUUUAGCUUCAAUCUUAAUCCGCUUAUUCGUUUCUUCAUUAUCGAAAUCAUGGAUAGUAUAGAUAUUUUUGUAUAGAGGAAGCAACAUAUUUUUAGCAUUUUAUACUGUUUUCACCAAAAAUUAAAUAAAAUUGGCUCGAAUAAGAGGAUCUUGUCUUCUACAGGUUCUUUUAUAUUAGUAGAAUAAAUUGAUUCACAUUACUCCACUUCCAGUGAAAAAUGAACUGAUAAAAUUUAUUUAUGUUAAUUUAGUCAUUUCUAUACCUACUCUGUAAAAUAUUAAUUUAGAAAAAAGGUGAAUAUACACAGUAGGAUAAUAAUAAAUAGAUUUUUAUAUAAUAUAUUAUAAUGUAGAUGAUUUUUAGAAAUUUAAACUCAAAAUUAUAGAAUCUCUUUUAAUUCUUUUACUGCCAUCUAGGUACAGCUAAUUAAGUAUAUUCUUGAUUUGUGAUAAAUGAAUCUUCACAUUUAGACUGAAAAACAUGAUUUAUUUUUAAGAAGCAGCUAAUGUUCCAUCAUUUUCUGAAUUUGUAAGACCCUUGAACUCAUUUUUAGUUUUGUUUGAAAGCAACACCAAUGCUUAUUUUAAUAUUUUUGCUACAUAAGGAUACUGAUUUGCUAAGUAUAGUACAUACUUUGGUCAACUUCUGCCACCAAGCUGCAAUUUUGUAAACCUACACAUAAUAAUUAUUUAAAAUGAAAGUAUUAUGCCAUGCCAUUGUUAAAACAAAAAUAUUUGAGAAAAAACAAUCAACAAACUGUCUCCUUAAGUAACAUUGUAGAGAAGUCAAUUGAACACCAUAAAUAUAUUUUCAGAUAUUCGUGAAUUGUAGCCUGGAAUAUCGCUACUGGAUUAAAGAGAUCUAUUUAAAUCUCUUGAUUAAAUAUUGUGCAGUCAGCAAGAAUUGAGCUGCAGGAAAUAUGCGAAUUUAUAUGUAUCCGAUUGCAACUGUGUGUUUCUAUAUCGUUUUCACCUUGUUCUUCUCCUCAGACUGGAAAGCUUUUUUCUCAGUGACCAAGGUUUUUUCUGGGCCUUUUAAUGUAUUCAGAAACAGCAUCUCAAGGUUUAACUUCUCAUUAAAUCGACAAUGUUUGGAUCUAUACUAAUAUAGUAAAGCUGAAGAGUUUGUUCGUUUGAAUGGGCUAAUCUCUGGACCUACCAGUCAAAUAUAAUUUUUUUUUGAAUUUGAUAGUCCAAUUAUUUAGGGAGGUUAUAGGCUAAUAAUAAUCACACUUGACCUUUAGAAAACAAAGUCAUAGUAUGGGCGGGCGAUAAGACAUGGUGAGUUGAUGGCCGAGGGCAAAUAGAACAUUAUUAAGCCUAUGUCAACGAGGUAAAGUAUUUUGCACAAUAAAUGGUUGACUCCUUUUAACUACCUGGGGUGCGAUUUCCGAAACUAUUUGAGUACAUUUUGUACACGAAAUUUGACUGACAGCAAUGAAAAUUAAAACGAGCCCUGGGCGUUUUGAAAGAGCUCGGCCAUGAACACAAUAGAAAUACAAUGGGUAGUGCUGAAAGUUUUUAUGGGAGUAUCCGUGUGAUUCAUCAAACGCGAGAUGUACUUUUGGGGGUGUGGUUUGUGAAAGUCGUGCUUAAGCGAGCUUGAACAUCGACUUAUGACUACCGGGCUAAAAUUGGCGCAUGCAAAGCCGCGCGCAACACUAGCAACAGCUAAUUGUACAAUAGGAGAGUUUUUUUUUUGUUUAAAUAAUUUGUUUAACAAUGUUCUGACAUAAUAUCUUCAUGCUAUUUACAUAGGUUUACAAAAUUUCAAGUUGAUUGCGAAGUUUACCUAAUACUGGAGUACCUCACCUUAAUACCCCAAAAUUCUUCAGAAGUUUUUUGCUAGUUUGUAGCUUUGGAAGUAAAUACACAAUUUAUUAGACCCAAAACAACAUAGUCUUAAUUAUAAAAAUUCACCACCUUCCAUUAUCCAUGAAAAAUCAAAUCAAAAAUAUGUAUUGUAUAUAAUUAUUCCAUAAUGCAAUUUUGUAUAGUGUACAAAAAGAAAAAACAAUUUGUUACAAAUUUUAUUUAAAAAGAUAAAAAUUGCAUCAAUUUUUUCUGUGAUUUGUUUAACAUCGACAAAUUUGUUCAUUAUUUAAUCGAAACAAUAAUUUAUUGUCAAUUAUUUUUCUCAGAUCAAUGUUUCUACUUCUUUUGUGCCAUUUUUAUAUAUUUUUGUAUAAUGUUUGUAUGUAGUUGAUUUUUUAGUAAUUUUCAAUUUCUAACUACUAAUAAUGAUGUGCAAGUUUUUUACUGCUUUUUAGAAUAGAAGAUUUUGCUUUUCAUCUAGUUUUGCUUUCCAUAUUCCACUGAGGUAAAAGUGUACAUCCAAGUUUACAACUAAAUUGGAAUAUGAAAAUUAAGUAAGCUUGAGGGCUUUUUCAAACUGGUAUUAGAUUAAGUUGUUCAACAACAAUUUGGACAAGAAAAUUAACUAAUCACAGUUCCUCAAAGCCCUUGACGUAGUUGAUAAAAACUGCAGCUAAUUGGGAUUAACUUUUAUUAAUUAACUAAUUUUAGUUUAUAAGUUACACUGCUAAUCAUGACAUUUUUUUACAUUAUUUUAUUAUGACCAAAGUAAUAUUAUAUAUUAUUAAUAAUGUACUGUUCUAGUCACAAGUUAAGUAAAGUAAGAAUCUCUUUGUAUUGCACAAUAAUAUAAUAGUUUUGACUUAUUUUGAACACAAUGGACAUCACUCUCUUCUUAUACAUGAUUGUGUAAGUUGCAUUUUACUUAUAUUUAAUGAAAAUAUACUGUAAUUUGGU